AUGGCCCUCGAAAGAACCGAUUCUGGGACUAGCAAUGAUAGCAGAUCCUGGCCUUCAGUCGAUGUGGCGCCAGAGCCUUAUCAAGGACCUCCUAGAAACAUUGAGUCCAUCAAGAAUCUUAAGUGGGAAGACCACCUCCAACCAAAACGAUACGAAAUCUCGGGUACACAUCCGGAAUCGAAGAUUCUAUUUCUCGAUGUGAACAUCCUUGAUUCCUCUGGCAGGGAGCCGUUUCGCGGAGACGUUUCAAUUGAAGGGGAGCGAUUUACAGCGGUGGGUCAAGUACCAGAUGUAGAACAGCUCAAGGCGCAAGCUGGUGUUAGAGUCUUUCACGGUAAAGGUCGAACGCUAAUGUCAGGUUUGGGAGACGCUCACACCCAUUUCACCUGGAACGGCGGUGAUCUCGAGCAAUUGGGAACCUUGGGAGUGGAGGAACAUACACUGCUGACUAUGCGGAGUGCACAAUGUUUUCUCGAUUCUGGCUACACGAUGUGUUUUGGCGCUGCAUCUGCCAAAGAGAGACUCGAUGUUGUCAUCCGAGAUGCCAUAAAUGCCGGAGAUAUACCUGGUCCUAGAUACCUUGCUAACGGGAAAGAGAUGGCGCGACGAGGUGGCGAGCUCGUCGGAGGAAUCACAGCUUUUGCAGACGGACCAGAGGAGAUGCGGGAGGUCAUCAAACACCAUAUCCAGCUUGGGGUUGACAAUAUCAAAUUGAGCAUGAGUGGCGAAGAAGUAAUUGAAACCGUACUCCCUGUAUCUUUUUUUUCCAAACUCGAAGCUAACAAUGGCCCAAAGAUUACGGAGACAAAAUCGGCCCAGGACUGCUACUUCACCGACGAAGAGACCCAGGCAUGCGUGGACGAAGCCCAUAAACAUGGCAAGCGUCUAUGCUCACACGCCCGUGCCCGCGACUCCGUCAUCAUGUCGGUCCGACAUGGAAUCGAAGCAAUCUACCACGCCUCUUACAUUGACGAUAGAGGCAUGCACAUGCUCGAGCAAGCAAAGGCAAAACACAUUGUUGCUCCGGCGAUCAACUGGCUAGUAUGCACGCUGAACAAUGCGGAAGCAUUUGGCUAUCCCAGGGAAGCGGCUGAGAAGGCGGGCUACAAACGCGAACUCGAUACUGCCAUUGCCGCGCUGCGGGAGAUGCAUCGCCGGAAUAUCACCGUUUUGCCCGGUGGCGACUACGGCUUUGCAUGGACGCCACAUGGAACGUAUGCGCGGGAUCUCGAGCAUUUUGUGAAGCUCCUUGGCUUCACUGAGCAUGAAGCCAUCAUCGCAGCGACUGCUGGGGUUGCAGCUCUGUUUAUGCAACCCAAUGAACUAGGCAAAGUUCAACCAGGAUACUACGCAGACUGUAUCCUGGUCGAUGGUGAUCCGCUCAAAGAUAUAACCGUCCUACAAGACCACGAUAAGCUGAACGUGAUAUGCAUCAAUGGAAGGGUGCACAAGGCUGGUAGAAGAGAAUACAUGCAGCCUCCUGUUUCUGGUCAGGAUAGCGAUUCGCAUGUCAUCGUGCCAGAUCAAGAAUUUCCAACUAUCAAGAAGAGAACUCAGAUCAAUUCUAAACUCCACUAA